AUGUCAAAAGUAUUUGAUAAUACUGAGAACGAAGUAACGAAAGCACCAUCUAAAAAUGUCAUCAGCAAUAAUCAGAAAUUCAAAAGAGUACCACUUGGUGGUAAAAAUACAAACACUUUAAAUAGAUCACAAUCAACCAUAGCAACAAUUAAACCUACAUUAAUCAAAUCAAAUUCCACAAUUCCAAUAUUCACCGAAUCAUCUAGCGAUGAACCAAAAGAAGAAUUAGAACAAGAAUUAAAAACAGAAGUAGAAGAAAUAUCAUCAAAUAAUAAUUCUGUUCCAAUACGGAAAAGGAUAUCCCCUGUACCUGAAUUAUCACCCAUAAAAAAACAAAAAUUACACCAAUUUGAAACUGAUUCAUUAAUUAAAUCAACGUUUGAUCGAAAACCAUCUAUAUCGAAUUUGAAUCAAUCACCACCACCAACAGAAUUGCAUGCUAGCCAUAUCCCAAGAAUUUAUCAAAAUUACAUGGAUCCCAUUAAAAGACAACCAAGAAAAUCCGAUAUUGACGAAUUAGUGGAACAACAUUGGAAGGAUGAAAUUGAAUACAUUCCUCAAGGACCCAUCAAUGCAGAUCCAGAAGUUUUUUUUUCAACGCCUAUCAAUUCUGAUAAUGAUUUAAAUUUUGAUGACGGUGAAAUUGAAGAUACUACUGAAGAAAUAGGUUUGAAUAUUGAUGAUUUGAAAAACUUAUUGGAUUGA